UUACCUAUAUUUUACCAGGCUAGGUGUUGUACGUUAAAAAUGAUCUGUUAUAGUUUUUAUCUUAGCAGUGAAGUAUGUAGCAUUAAAGUAGAUAGCUAUGUUAAUUAACAAGCAUCGUGUGUGCCAGACAAGGUCACUAUCCAUAUUUAUUCUAAUCGUUCGUGAUCAUGGCAAUCCACAAAACAAGUUUAACAGUCUUGAUAUCUCUGUUGGGUUUAUCUUUCUUAACUGCAAGAAAGCUACCUUCAGCUGACGAACUUGAUGUGUCCAAGUUAAUCGGCACAACAUGGUACGUGGGACUCCAAACAAACGAUCCAGUGGCUUCUUAUCUCACUUGUGCAAAACUUUCAAAUUUUAAGAAAACGAAAACAGGAUUUCAAUACAAUUCUACGGAUCACGGAAAAAGUUCCACUGUGGCAGAAAUAACGGCUCAUUUCAAUCGUCAGAGAGCGGGAAUCUAUCGAUUAAAUAAACAUCUCGACGAAUCGGCGAUUAUCGCUGAUCAUAAGAGUGAUGCGGGAAUGCUUUACAAUUCAGCGGCACAUACUAUGGAUCAACAAGUACUAUUUGGUGACAAUUUUUUGAUUGUUAGUGAUUAUAAGAACUACUACGGAAGUAUACAAAGGUGCAACGACGGAGGUAGUGAAUGGUGUGUUUGGGGAUUUUUUCAGAGUACCAAUCCAACUCUGAAAAAUGUAGCUGCUUUCUACAACAAACUUGCUCAGCAUGGUAUUUCAGCCAUUUUACACGUGUCACUUUGUUCAGAACAAGAGCACUCGUCUAUUUAAAACAAUUGAGGAGUUCAAAUCCAAUAUAUAUAUACGGUAUUAUAA